UGGUUUGGCAAAGACCUGCAGCGAGGGAUUGUGGGAAACUCCCAGUCGAUCCCACCGCCCUCUCCUGUUCAUCCGUUCCUCCUUUCUGCGGAGCAUCUGGCUUUCAAGGUGUGACAUCAGCAGCCGAAGGUGGGAGUGAAGGAUUUGUACUAUGUUCAGGCAGGAUAUCAUUUGAGCAAGACAACUUUUGGAGAGGCAGAGCCACAGCUUUCCCAAGACCCAGAAGUGAGAGGCAGGUCUUCCUUUUGGGCUGGCAAGAAGGGCCAACUGGAGAGAGCCAUCUCAACAGCCGCCUUCACCUCCCUCUGCUUUGGUUGAGCUGAGUUUAGGCGAUAUCCACCUUUGCCACUCUCAUGAGCAGAAUGGAGUCUAAAGAAAGCACCCGAAGUGGAAACAAGACUGAUAGCAAGACUGCUGGCUCAGCAAAGCCUGAGAAGCCUCAUUCUGGGCCUGCGGCAAGUGCGGAUAAGAAGGAAGCUCCUAAGGAGCAGCCAACUCCUGCUGUCCCUGCCCCUGCAAAAAAGGGUGCCACAGCAACCAGCGAGGCAGCCAUGCUGAAUGACCAUAGCAACCUGAAACCUACCGCAGUGCCCACAGCUGAGGGGCCUGAAGCCACCACCCAUCCUGCCAACUCCGAGCAUAAAGGGAGCAGUGCAGAGGAGUCGCCAGGGAGCAGCAACUUUGAGAACAUCAAGCCCCUGCUCAUCUUUGGGGGGGCAGCAGUAGCUGCCAUAGCUGUGAUCAUAGGAGUAGCCAUUCUAGCUCGGAAAAAAUAGGAAACCUGAGGAGCGCAGGGGAGAGCAUUUCCCCUGGGUUGUGUACUGUUCCUUUUGACACCAAUGCAUGCGAUCACUUCUAUACAUACCUAUAAAUAUGCAGUAUAUAGCGAGAGAGGUAGGUAGGUCUUGCUUGAGGCUAGUGUGCCAGGGUCCUCAGUCCAUUCAUGCUCUCACAUGUAAUAUAACCUGUGGGAAAAAAAUCGAUAGUUUUUUCCUGGUCAAUAGAUGCUAUUCUAUGAUUUCUUUCCACAGCUCCUUCCCGUCCCACUUUUUGGUCAGCUUUUAAACUUGGUUCCAGCAUCAUUUUCGAAUCCUUUGCUUUUAGUUGGGCCAUGGAAGAGCAGAUGAAAUGACCAUUUCCAUUCAGGAGGACCAUCUAGUAUUCUGUAGCUCAGCUCACUGAAACGGCAAGUACUUUCGAAGAUGCAUAAGAUUGUAGCAUCUUCUCUGAGGACCAUGUGGUCCCAUCCAGUAUUCAUCUACUUCAAUUCAUUGUCAGAGCAUCAAAGUACACUCUCAUCUAAAUUACAAAGCUCUCUUUGGAGUAUGAGAAGCUGUCAGAGUUCAAGAAGCGAACUUAGUCUACUGCAAUUACUAACUGAAGCCCAGAAAGCAUCACCUUGGCUUGCCAUCCAUUACACAAUGUCCACAAAGCAUGGUACUAAAGAUAGCCUGGCAUUGAUUUGAAUAGCUUUGGAACCUAGUAAAGUAGUCUUUCUCCACCACUUAAAUGCAUGUUAAAUGCAACCCUGGCUCUGCAUUGGCCAAGUACCUUUGUAGAAUUUAGAUACCUUUAAAAGAGUGUUUUUUAGGGAAAAAUAAACUUCAGAUAAUUAAACCUUUGGGAUGUUGAUGAGCUCAUCUGUGCAUAUGGAUUUUGAACAAAUGCUGGAGGUUCUCCAUAUAAAGUUAUAUACCUUUUUGUGCUAUGAAUGGGAAAAAAGGGAACAACUAUAGGAAUAAGAUGUGUAUUUUCCUUCAUCUGGAAUAUGGAUUUAAGAAAUAGUGAUAUAUACUGCCCAAAUGCAAGAAUUUGAACCCAAUGGAUGAUCUUCAUUUCAAUGACAUUUUACAGCUUUAAUGCAAGAUAUACCAGAGGAAUGAUAUAAUCUCAUAUAUUUCAUUGGAAAUUAUGUAAAGAAAUAACAGAAAUUGAUUCACAGGAGUCAUUUUUUCCCCAUAACAUUUGAACUGGGAUGCUGAAGAUACGAGGAAAUUCCCUGUUUUGAAAUAUCCUUGCUGUGUUGUUGGUCUUCUUGAAAUAAUUAAAACCAGAUUGAGAGGGGGGAAAGAGUUAUUUAUCUUUGAUAUAUUUACUAAAGAUGUUUCCUUGACAGAAAGAGUUUGGACACUGGAGCAUUGAUUAUAAUGUAAGAUGACUGAAUGGCCAUCCCUUACUUUAGUAGAUUUUUUUUUUUUGCUGCUUGGACCAUGCUAGUGAAAUAGGUGUGUGUGUGUAUUAAUUAUACAAACUCACCCAUACCAAUUGGCUUAAUUUUAGUAAAAGGUUGGUGUUUGUGGUGUGUGUGUAUGUGCGUAUCACAUUUUCAUCCCAUCAUGUUCAGAAGUUAACCUACACACUACAUUUUUUUUUUUUGUAUUUUUAGCCCCACUAACUAUAAACUCACAAACCAUAAAUCCAAAAGUAUGGUAAAAUGAUGGCAGUGCGUAGACUACAAUUAAUCAUCUCUCUCUCACAUUUAUGGCUGUGCUGUCAUUGGUUAGGUCUAUAAGGGAAUCAUUCACUGGCAGCCAUUGUUUAAUACUGUGGUGUCCCACUGUUCUGAAUAAUUUUUCAGAACCUGCUCCCCAUCUGAAAACCUGUAUUCUUGUGUAUAUGUGUACAAGCUUUCCUAACCCUGCCUUAUUUGAGAAUAUGUGUAUAUACAUUACAAUUUAUGAAGCCUUUGUAAAGCUACAAAAUCUGUAUUCUUUGUAGAAAAGCAGAAUGCAACCAUUUAUUUGCACACCUGCAUUCACACAAAGUGUCUGUGUUUGUGCCACUUGCAUUCCAUUGUACAGUAGCCAAAACCAAAAUUUCCUUUCAAUAAACAAAGAUACAUUUAGCUAA